ACAGGUUUAUCCGAAUAAUAAAAAAAAAAACCCGAUGUGGGGGGCAAUCGGGUUUGAUCACUCUCUGGUCUUUAGUCCUUAAUCUCCAUUUAAAAAAUCCUGUCUUUGUCAUCCCUCAAUAGUUUUUUCAAACCCGGGUGAUUAUCUAUUCGUGGAAUCUUCACUCUGCACAGGCCCAAGACACCCACUUUCAGUGUUUCACGCUAAACCCUCCUCCUCAUCUUCUUCGUGCUCAUCGUCUUCCUUGUGGGUCAUAACUGUGGCGGGGCUUUCUGAGGGUAGGUAAGCUACAAGUUGUUGGAUCGGUGGAGCUGAGAUUGUUUACUAAUGGGUGAAAUUGUGGGUCCUCGGUUGUAUAGCUGCUACAAGUGUCGGAAUCCUGUCUCUCUGCACGAUGAUAUCAUAUCCAAGGCCUUUCAGGGAAGAAACGGCCGAGCUUUUCUGUUUUCUCAUGCCAUGAAUAUUGUUGUUGGGCCCAAAGAAGAUAGGCACCUCCUUACGGGCCUCCACACCGUGGCUGAUGUCUCCUGCUCCGAUUGCCAGGAAGUGUUGGGUUGGAAAUACGAGAGGGCCUACGAGCCAUCACAGAGGUACAAGGAAGGGAAGUUCAUACUCGAGAAGUCUAAGAUUGUGAAGGAGAACUGGUAGCACCUCAAUAUUAUGCCAAAAUCAUGUUUCCAUUUGUUCUUUUUCUUAUCUCGUGUCAAUGUGAUUGCAUAAAAGAUGUCCGUUGCAUCAAUCCUGCAGGAAGGUCCUCCCAAUUGGGAAUGUGCCAUUGUUUGUCCCCCGUCAUUCUUGCCCAGGUGCUCUGAAAGUUGUAAAUACGAACAUCGUUGCUCUCUGUCUAUAUAAGUAUAUCUGUUGUGUCUCUUUUGCCUUUGCAUCCUUGGAGCUUAUUCGUAUGGCAGUAGACAAAGAUUUUUGUUGGUU